AUGGAUAAGAAAAGCAGUCGUUCUAUGGAAGAACGGAAAGGGACAGCUAAGGACAUCGUGAUAAAGAAGCGAUUAAUUUCUUCGGGUUUCGAUGGCUAUUUGUAUCCUCUGCGACCAGCUAACUAUGUGCUGAUUUGUAUGGGAGUAGACAACGUCUUCAUACUGGUUGAUCGUCGUGGAACGAGUUCACGACGCGGCAAACGUUUGGCUGCGCAAUCGAAAACGCACCCGACUAUACAAGCAAAGCAAAAUCAGAUGUAUUUAAUUACGACGCUUGCUCCAGCUCCUAGUGAGCAAGCUCUUAUCAACAAGGCAUUACCAAAGGAACUACUUUUACGGAUUUUCUCUUAUCUCGAUAUGAAGACGUUAUGUCGAUGUGCGCAAGCUUGCCGCUUGUGGAAUGUGCUCGCACUCGACGGCUCAAAUUGGCAACGGGUCGAUUUGUUCACAUUUCAGAAAGACGUUAAAGCAGCUACUGUUGAGAACCUUGCUCGUCGUUGUGGUGGAUUCUUGAAGAAACUUUCACUGAAAGGAUGUGAAAACAUACAGGAUUCUGCAUUGCGAUCGUUCACAGCAAAAUGUGCUAACAUUGAGCAUUUGAGUUUGUACAAAUGUAAACGAGUGACAGAUGCGACCUGCGAGAACCUCGGUAGGCAUUGUCACAAAUUGGUUCAUUUGAAUCUGGAGAACUGUACGGCCAUCACUGAUCGAGCACUUAGACACAUUAGAAGUGAUAAACCUACUAUCGCAAAUGAUGAAACCGUUGCUCAUAUAGCUCAUGGCAGUCCUCACCUGCAGUACCUGUGCUUGUCAAAUUGUACUCAAAUCACGGACCGGUCUCUAAUCUCACUAUCACAGGGUUGUAAAAUGUUAACAGAUGUCGAACUGUCGGGCUGUAGCCUUCUUACAGACGCUGGCUUCAUACAGCUGGCCAGGCACUGUAAGGGUUUGGCGCGAAUGGAUUUGGAAGACUGCAGCCUUAUCACAGAUGCCACUAUCCACUCACUUAGCACGAAUUGUAAUGGUCUUUCCGAGUUGAGUCUUUCCCAUUGCGAGUUAAUUACGGAUGAGUCUAUUCAUUGUCUUUGUACCAAUAACAAGGACAAGUUGCAGGUUUUGGAGCUCGAUAAUUGUCCACAGAUUACCGAUUCUGCUCUUUCACAUAUGCGGCAUGCCAAAGCACUGAAACGUAUCGAUUUAUAUGAUUGCCAGAAUAUUUCGAAGGAAGCUAUUCAGAGGUUUAAGCACCAUCGACCACACGUUGAGAUUCACGCGUACUUCGCUCCUGCUACUCCACCGACUAACCAGUCCACUACUCGGGCAGGUCUUUGUCGAUGUUGUGCGAUUUUAUGA